AUGGACUUGCCGUCCCACGGCGGCGAGGGCAGCGCGGAGUCCGCCGUCGUGCAGACGGACUCCGACAAAGAGGCGGCAGCGGCGCUCCUCCGGGCGGGCAUUGUGGCGGAGGCGGAGGGGCUGCAGCUGCACCUCUCGAGCAGCAGCAGCAGCGGCUACAAGGGCGUGACCAAGCGCGUCUCUGGCCGCUUCGAGGCGCAGCGCAAGGUGGGCGGGCGGGUGGUCUCCCUCGGCACCUUCGAUUCGGCGGUGGAGGCGGCGGUGGCGUACGCGCGGGCGGUCGCCGCCGCCGCCGCCGCCACUGCCGUCACCGCCGCCACUGCCGCCACCUCCACCGCUGCCGCCGCUGCCACUGUCGUUGCCGCCGCCGCCGCCGCCGACGUGCUCGAGCCUCCCCACGGACUGAGGCUGGAUGCUAGCGCGGCGGGUCGCGCCGAGGAGACGGCGGUCGUGCUCUCUGGCAUGGACUUGCCGUCCCACGGCGGCGAGGGCAGCGCAGACUCCGCCGCCGUGCAGACGGACUCCGACAAAGAGGCGGCAGCGGCGCUCCUCCGGGCGGGCAUUGUGGCGGAGGCGGAGGGGCUGCAGCUGCACCUCUCGAGCAGCAGCAGCACCGGAUACAAGGGGGUGCGCGAGCCGCGUACUGGCCGCUUCGAGGCGCAGCGCAAGGUGGGCGGGCGGGCGGUCUCCCUCGGCACCUUCGAUUCGGCGGUGGAGGCGGCGGUGGCGUACGCGCGGGCGGUCGCCGCCGACGCCCCCGUGCAGACGGACUCCGACAACGAGGCGGCAGCGGCGCUCCUGCGGGUGGGCGUCGUGGCGGAGGCGGAGGGGCUGCGCCUGCACCUCUCGAGCAACAGUACCGGCUACAGGGGCGUGUACAAGGUCAACGGCCGCUUCCAGGCGGUGCAGAUGGGCGGGAAGAAGGUCUCCCUCGGCUGCUUCGGCACGGCGGUGGAGGCGGCAGUGGCGUACGCGCGGGCGGUUGGGGAGCGCGAAUAA